GGAAAAGUUUCCUUCAAUGGUCACCGGUUGAAUGAGUUUGUUCCCUAGAAAACGUUAGCUUAUAUAAGCCAAGAAGAUCUGCACAUUGUUGUGAUGACUGAGGGAUACACUUGAAUUUGCUGCCUAAUGUCUUUGUGUUGGAAACCGAGGAAAUAUGAUGAUGGAAGUCAGUAAAAGAGAGGAGACAGGCACUGUUCUGGAUCCAGAUGUAGAUACUUACACGAAGGUGUCUUCAGCAUACUUAUCUUGUUUGUAUCAGAUGCAUUGUUCUAUAUGCAGUGGCUACAUGUAUGAAAUAUUCAUGACACGGACAUGCAUUACUACCUCAUUGGGUACAGUCCUGAGGUCAAGAGCCUCUAUGCUAGGGUGGUUGAAGUGGGGUUUUCGGGUUUCCCCUUUUUCAUAUGGAAGAUAGGCCUUUCAGUAAAUGAAUUUUUUGCUCCUCAGUGGCAAAAGACAAGAUCGAGCAAAGGCUGUUGGGAUUCUUGUCAAGGACCUUAAGGUUUUUGCAUCUUUCAAUGAAGAUCUUUUCAAUGAGAUUACUCAGCUCCUUACUCUUGAUAACUUUAGGCAAAAUGAGCAACUUUCCAAGUGUGGAGGCACAAAAUUGGCUCGUAUUAUUAUGCUUGUAGAACUCAAAAAGCUAAUUGAAGCAAACCCCCUGUUUCGUGACAGACUUACAUUCCCAGCCUUCGAAAGUUCACUUCUGAGGAUAUUGGAGGUUUUUCUUGAAUCUUUUGAUAGCAGUUAAUUUCUUAUUUGUGCCAUUGUCCUGCAGCGAGGUUUUUUGGUGAAAACAAAACCUAGAAAAUGCAUUUUAAAAUUAUUUAUGUUUAUUGGUAUGUUAUGUAUUAGUUGAUUUGUACUUUGGGUUUGCUUUUUUGAUAUAUUUUACACUAGCAGAUAAUAUACCUCCUCUUGA